GUGGCUGCGCAGGAGCUCCCGUGGCUGUGAGAAGGAGCAGAGCAGCCCCGGGGCAGGAACCUGCCCAAGGCACGGCAGCCUGGAGGACUCUUCAUUAGCAGAGCUAGAGCUGGAGGAGAACAGUGGAUGGUACAGGAGCAGGAGCUGGGUGAGCAGCAGUAGAGCUCAGCCACAACCCUGUCUGCACUGCUGGUUCCUCCCAGCCUCGGGGCAUCAGCGACCCAGGCCAGGGGCUUCGCUGAGGCUCAUGACUGUGCAGUGCAGGGUGAGCCGGGGCAGGGACGGGUCAUGCCCCAUCCAGGGCGCACUAGUGGCUGCCUCCCUCCCUGCCAGCGGUACCACUUCAUCUCCUCUGCCGAUCGCCAAGCAGGGCCAGGGCGACCCAGCGGUGCGGUGGGCUCAGUGCGGGGCUGUCCGGCGGGCGGGGGCCGUGGCCAGGGGUGGCUGGCUGCUGUUCCUGCCGGGCGAGUUCUCAGCAUGGCCGCGCAGCCUCCUCGAGGCUCCCCCUCCCUGGUCGGCAGCCAGCAGCAGCAGAUACCUGAUACUCGGGUUGUGCAAGCGCGAAGGGGGAGCCUGGCCCUGCCCGGCCCUUGGGAGCCACCCGGAAGGCCGAGCCCGCCGGCCCCACCUGGAGAGGAGCUUAAAGGCCGGCCGGGCGGCCACAGCGCAGCCGGUUCCUGCACCAUGCCCGCGGCCCGCAGCGUCCUCAUCCUGGCGGGGCUCCUGGCUCUCUGGGCAGAGCUGCCGGCAGCAUCCGCCCAGAAUGACACCACCAAAGCCGGCGUGUGCCCGAGCCCCGCCACGGACGCGGUGAACUGCACAGCGGGGUGCCAGUCCGAUGGCGACUGCGAGAGCACCCUCAAGUGCUGCCCGGCAGCCUGCGGCAGGGCCUGCCAGAAGCCUGACGACAAGCCUGGCACCUGCCCACCUGUCAACCCAGGCAUCCCCAUGCUGGGCCUCUGCACCAACCAGUGCAAGAUCGAUGCUGACUGCCCCGGGAUCCAGAAGUGUUGCAGAAAUGGCUGCGGCAAGGUCUCCUGUGUGACACCCAUCCACUGAGGUGCAGCCACCUCCUGCCAGCCCAGCCACAGGGAAGCUGCUGCCCAAUGCCCAUCCCACAUACCCUUGUCCUGGCCCUGCACCAUCCCCCGGGAUUGGAGCCUUCAGCCUCAGUUUUCUCCCUGGGGUUCUCUGCUCGGGGAGAGCCCCCUGCACUCUCACCAAUAAAGCAGUUUCUCCCUGUCA